AUGGGUCUCGACGCACGGGUUUCUCCCCGUAGCGCCGCUGUUGGCCACUCCUACGCCACCGCACCACCAGCAGCAGCCUCGUCCUUCGCCGACGACCCCUCCUCUUCCUCAUUUCCUCCAGCCGAAGCCCCAGCUCUUGCCUUCUCUCUUCACGGAUCUGUUGCUCGUUUAGUUUAUGUUGACGACAUAAUUGUGGGGAGCAACAAUUUUGUCACCAUAAAAAAUGUCAUAGAAUUCAUGCACAGUCAGUUCAAGAUUAAGGAUCUCGGGGUCUUGAAGUUUUUCUUGGGGAUAGAAGUUGCAAGAACAGCAGCUGAGAUCCACAUAUAUGUUACAAGCUAUCGAAGGCUGAUUGGUAGGCUUAUCUACUUAACAAUUAGUAGACCAGAUAUCACUUAUGCCGUGAGUGUUCUCAGCCAAUUCAUGGACAAACCAGCUCAGAUUCAUUUGCACCAUGCUCACCGAAUUUUGAGGUAUCUAAAAGGUUCAAUUGGUCAGGGCCUCUUCUUUUCAGCUAGUUCUUCUUUACAGCUCAAAGCAUACAGUGAUUCAGAUUGGGCAACAUGCCCUAAAACUCAAAGGUCAGUUAUUGGUUUUUGUGUCUUUCUUGGAGACUCUUUAGUGAGCUGGCAAUUCAAGAAACAGGCAACGAUAUCUCGAUCUUCUGCUGAGGCUGAGUAUCAAGCACUUGCUUACACUUGUUGUGAAAUUGUUUGGUUAAUUACACUUUUGAAGGACUUCAAUAUACAGCACAAAUAG